GGGGGGCCGGGCCCGUUCCACGUGUACAGAAGCGCGGCGGGGCCGGGCCGGGGGGGCUCAGCUCCCGCCUCCCCCCACCGCCGCUCCGAGCCAUGGCUGCGGGCAGCGCCGCGCUCCUGCUGAGCCUCCUGGGGGCACUGGGGCUGAGCGACCCCGGCCCGCUGGAGGACGUGGUGAUAGAGCGCUACUACAUCCCCAAAGUCUGCCUGCGGGAGGCCCAGAUGGGGGACUUCAUCCGCUACCACUACAAUGGGACCUUUAAAGAUGGCAAAAAGUUUGACUCCAGCUAUGAUCGAGGGGCCACAGUGGCCGGCGUGGUGGGCGUGGGGCGGCUGAUCACCGGCAUGGACCGCGGGCUGCAGGGCAUGUGCGUCAACGAGCGGCGGCACCUCAUUGUGCCACCACACCUGGGCUAUGGCAGCAUCGGCGUGGCGGGGCUGAUCCCCCCUGACGCCACGUUGUACUUUGACGUGGUGAUGCUGGACAUCUGGAACAAGGAUGACAAACUGCAGAUCACCACCCUGGCCAAACCUGAGCGCUGCAACCGCACGGUGGAGAACUCAGACUUUGUGCGGUAUCACUACAACGGCACUCUGCUGGAUGGAACCCCCUUCGACUCCAGCUACAGCAAAGACAGCACCUACGAUACGUAUGUGGGCACUGGCUGGCUGAUCAAGGGCAUGGACCAGGGCCUGCUGGGCAUGUGCGCCGGGGAGAAGAGGAGCAUCAUCAUCCCACCAUUCCUGGCCUAUGGGGAGAAGGGCUACGGGACCGUGAUCCCACCACAGGCCUCGCUGGUGUUCAGCGUGCUGCUGGUGGACUUCCACAACCCCAAGGACGGCGUCUCCCUGGAGCACCUGGAGGUGCCGGCGUCCUGCAGGCGCAGGGCUGUGACCGGAGACUUCGUGCGCUACCACUACAAUGGCACGCUGAUGGACGGGACGCUGUUUGACUCCAGCUACUCCCGCAACCAAACCUACAACACCUACAUUGGGAAGGGCUACAUCAUCCCUGGCAUGGACCAGGGCCUGCAGGGCGUCUGCAUCGGCGAGCGCAGGCGGGUGGUGGUCCCCCCACACCUGGCCUAUGGCGAGAACGGAGUGGGGAACAAAAUUCCCGGCUCCGCUGUGCUCAUCUUUGAUGUCCACAUCAUCGACUUCCACAACCCGGCCGACCCGGUGGAGAUUGAGGCCGUGCACCGACCCGAGGGCUGCAACGUCACCGCCCGCGACAGGGACUUCAUCCGCUACCACUACAACUGCUCCCUGCUGGACGGCACGCGGCUCUUCUCCUCCCACGACUAUGAGAAGCCCCAGGAGGUGACCCUGGGGGCCAACAAGGUGAUUGAGGGUCUCAACAGCGGCCUCCUGGGCAUGUGUGUGGGGGAGAGGCGGGUGCUCAUCGUCCCCCCACACCUGGGUCACGGCGAGAACGGAGCCCGGGGAGUGCCUGGCAGCGCAGUGCUCCGCUUCGAGGUGGAGCUGAUCUCCCUGGAGGAGGGGGUUCCCGAAGGAUACCUCUUCAUUUGGCACGGGGACCCUCCUGAGAACCUCUUUGAGCAGAUGGACCUCAACAAGGAUGGGCAGAUCCCCGCUGAGGAGUUCUCCACCUUCAUCAAGACCCAGGUGGCGGAGGGGAAGGGACGCCUCAUGCCCGGCUCCGACCCCGAGAAAGUCAUCGCCGACAUGUUUGGGAACCAGGACCGCAACCAGGACGGGCGCAUCACGGCCGAGGAGCUGAAGCUGAAGUCGGAUGAGGACCGAGAGAAGGUCCACGAGGAGCUGUGAGACGCAGCACCGCCGUGCCCACGCCUGGCGCUGCCCCUCGCCGGACCGGGAGCCGUUUUCUGAUGAUUUUUUCCCCCCUUUUAUUUAACUGCGGUUUUUUUCUGUCGUUCCUCACGGGCGCAGCUCCGCAGUCCGCAGUCAAUGCGCUCAGGCAGGAAGGUGGGAAGCGGCUCCGGGUGCCCGCAGUGGGUCGGGUCGGCGCAUUCCCCCCCCCCCCCCUCCGUACUGCACCCAUCGAUCCCAGCAAACCAGCAGGGCCCGCUCCCCCCCCCCCCCCCCAGGGUCCUCCCUGCCCUCCCACCUCUCCGUGUGCCGAGCUCAGCCCCGAGCCCAACCCCGACAUCUCUGCUCCUUCGUCCUCAGCCAACGACUGCACGGCCUGCCGGGCCCCACGCAGGGACAGGGGAGCUCCCCGCUCCUCCUUUGCAGUAUUACUGUAGUUUAGGGAUUUUUUGUUCAUCGUGGGUUAGUUUUAAACACGCGCAUGUAAAGUUCUUUAAAGGAGAAACGGAGCGGCCAUCCCUGCUGCUGCCUGCUGCAGUUCCCAGGAGCAGAGGUUGGAGGCGGCUCAGAGCCCCUCGGCUGCUGCAGAGCUGCACGGCUGGGACCAGAGCUGGCGCCGGGAGCGGCAGGCCGACCCUCCUCAUCCUCCUCACAGCAACGGCUGCUGGGAGGUGCCAGAAAUCAGCCCUGGUUGGUUCCGAUGCCAAAAUGCAAGCCAUUAACUCGGUGCUCUCAGGUUUGUGCCCAGCACAUCCCCUCCACCUUCCCAGCAGCUCUGGAAGCUUUCGCACAGUGUGACCUCGCAAAGAGAAAAAAUGCAGGAGCAGAACUGUGCAAAGGGCCAGAGCAAGACCCUCAAACAACGACUUCUAAGUGGCACCAAAUAAACAAUUUCAAGUGGUUUCCAAGA